AUGGGCAAGAAAAUACUACCGCCUCCGCCCCCUUCAUCUUUGAAGAGCCAUCAAAAGAGGGCGCCGGAGAAGGAGCACUCGAACUCACUCCCAUUACCACCGCCUCCACCUCCACCAUCAUCAUCAUCAUCACGAUUACCACCACCACCAGGACCACCACCACCAAGAACAAAAGCUUUUCCCUCUCAGCCUCCGCCUCCGCCUCCGCCUCGUCGAACGCCUACCACCAAACGCAUUCCAGAUGCCCCGACCUCAAAUGGGAAAAAACCGCGUACGGUUGCGCGACCGCCAGAGGGAAUAGCUGUCAAUGGGCUCGGAAGGGAUGCGACAAGUGCACUUGUUCUUUCCAGUAAGAAUGAGCUCGAGAUCCGCAAACGGAAAUGGACCCAGCUCCAGAAACAAAGGUUCAAAGCAGCAGCAGCAGCAGUGGGGGGGUUCUCGGGCGCGCCCUCGGUGCAAACGAGACCCAUCGAAAUGCCUCCGCAGCACUUGCGGAAGAUCAUCAGUGACCACGCCGACAUGGCUCUGCAAAAGGUGACAAAAGACAAGCGAUCUCAUUUGGGCUCGCUAAAGUACUUGCCGCACGCGUUGUUCAAGUUGUUGGAAAACAUUCCACAGCCCUGGGAACCGUCAAAGGAGGUGAAAGUGUUGUACCACAAGACCGGUGCAAUAACUUUUGUCGAUGAGAUACCGCGGGUCAUCGAGCCUGUGUACACCGCACAAUGGGCAGCCACUUGGACAGCCAUGCGCAGGGAAAAGCGAGAUAGGAAGCAUUUCAAGAGAAUGAGGUUCCCGCCGCUAGACGACGAGGAACGGUUCUUGGGGUGGCUCGAGAACUUUGACGACGUGGACUUGCCUGCUGCAGUCCGCUCGAAUGAUAUCGAAGAAAAAACUGAACCAGGAGCAGAACCAGAAGCAGAAAAAUCUGUUGAGGGCUGGUUUUACGACGACAAGCCUUUGCUCGAUAAAGAGAGCCACGUCAAUGGAUCGUCGUAUAGAAAAUGGCUGCUCGACCCACUCACCAUGAAGACCUUGCUAGAUGUGUCGCAACCGAUCUUGAACGGCUCGGGACUGCAUUUUCGUCUCAAUGAACUCAUUUCUGCCAAGAGUCUCAGCAUAUCGAUACCGGGCGGACCUAAAUUUGAGCCCCUCAACAGGAACAAACUAGGCGAUGCCCAGCUCGAAGACUUCACCGACUUUGACUCGUUGGACAAAAUCAUCCUCAGAGGCGAAAUAAAACCCGAGUCCAAAGUCGACUACCCUCAUGUCUUCAACUCAUUUGUCAAUGCAGUCGAGGUGGGAAAUUUGCACGCUGAACCAAGCUUCAGAUUCAGACAGUCACACGGCCAGAACGAGUCGGUAUCCAAUUUCGGGUUUAAUCCAACGUAUGCCCCCGUGGUCAAAAGAGGAGCAGCAACGCAGAAGCCCGAUUUUUUCAGCAAAGAGGUGGCCGUUGUGCCAUUUUUGCAAAACGAGGGACUUGCAAAAUUUACGGGUUUGGAGCAGAAGACGUUGAAUGCUGCUCUAGGUUUACUAGACGCGCCCUUUCCGUUCAAUCGUCGUACUGGAAGAACAAAACGAGCAGAGGAUGUCGCAUUGACAAAGUCGUGGUAUGUAUCUCUGACCACUAGAUCGAGCCCUUUAAAGACACGAAUAUCGUCUCAAAAGUUGUUGAAGAACCAGGUGCUCAAUCAAUUGCGUAAAAAUCGAAAGCUGGAACUGGCACUGAAAAAGACUGCCAAAGGCGGGAUCAUCAAGGGGUUAAAGUCUACAAAGUACUUCCACCUGACGCGUAUUGACUGGUUGGAAGCCGGUAUCCAGGUCUGUCAACAAGGUUUCGAAAUGUUGAAUUUGUUGAUCCACAAGCGGGGGUUGACGUAUCUACACUUGGACUACAACUUCAACUUGAAGCCAACCAAAACGUUGACUACAAAAGAACGCAAAAAGUCGAGGUUCGGAAAUGCAUUCCAUUUGAUUCGAGAAUUGCUCAGGGCCAUUAAAAUGAUUGUUGACUCGCAUGUGCAAUACCGCUUGGGGAAUGUCGACGCAUACCAAUUGGCGGAUGGGAUAUACUACGUCUUGAACCACUUGGGACAAUUAACGGGUAUCUACAGAUACAAGUACAAAGUGAUGCACCAAAUACGACAGUGUAAGGACUUCAAACACAUUGUCUAUCACAGGUUCAACAAGCUCAUCGGCAAAGGACCCGGUUGCGGCUUUUGGCAACCGGCCUGGAAGGUGUGGAUUUUCUUCUUGCGAGGAACGAUUCCUCUCUUGGAACGAUGGCUCGGAAAUUUGAUAGCCAGACAGUUCGAAGGGCGGCGGUAUAAUGAUACGGCCAAGACUAUAACCAAGCAACGAGUGGACUCUUACUACGACUUGGAGCUCAGAGCUCAAGUGAUGCACGACAUUUUGGAAGUCAUCCCGGAAGGGAUGAAGCAAAGCAAAUCAAAGGUGAUUCUUCAGCAUUUGAGCGAGGCCUGGAGAUGCUGGAAGGCAAACAUUCCGUGGCACGUUCCUGGACUACCGGAGCCCAUAAGGAAGAUCAUCGAGCGAUAUAUUAAGGCAAAGGCCGAGGGCUGGAUCUCGGUUGCUCAUUACAACAGAGAAAGGAUACGGAAGGGGACUCAUGUUGAAAAGACAGUGGUGAAGAAAAACUUGGGCAGAUUGACGCGGUUAUGGGUCAAAAACGAGCAGUCGAGACAGCAAGACUUUGGAAAGAAUGGCUCAUACGUGUCUCCCGAUGAGGCGGUCAAGAUUUUCCAAAACACUAUAAGCUGGUUGGAGAGCCGAAACUUUAGUCCCAUACCUUUCCCCCCAAUUUCUUACAAGCACGACACCAAGCUUUUGUUGCUUGCGUUGGAGAACUUGAAAUCCUCCUACAAUGCAAAUGCAAAACUCAACUCUGCGCAGCGAGAAGAGCUAGCCUUGAUCGAACAGGCUUACGAUAACCCGCAUGAGUGCUUGGCUCGAGUCAAGAAGCACAUGUUGACCCAGCGGAUUUUCAAAGAAGCAGGGCUAGAGAUGAUGGACUUUUACAGCCACUUGUCGCCUGUGUAUUCAAUCGAUCCUUUGGAAAAAAUCACUGAUGCCUAUCUCGACCAGUAUCUCUGGUACGAAGCCGAUAAGAGACGCCUUUUCCCCAACUGGAUCAAGCCCGCUGACGACGAAAUUGCCCCCUUGACUGUUUACAAGUGGUGCCAGGGAGUAAACAAUUUGAAGGACGUGUGGCUGACCUCGCAUGGCGAGUGUAACGUGAUGUUCGAAACGAGUCUAACGGAGUUUUCGGAAAAAGUGGACUUUACACUCAUGAGCAGGUUGCUCCGGUUGAUUAUGGAUCCAAACAUUGCCGACUAUUUAACGUCAAAGAAUAAUAUCAACAUAAGGUACAAGGACAUGAACUACGUGAACCAAUACGGUCUCAUUCGAGGCUUGCUGUUUUCCUCGUUUCUUUACCAGUACUACGGCUUGGUGGUCGACUUGCUCAUUCUAGGUUUGGAAAGAGCCUCGCAACUAGCGGGCCCCGUGCAGGCUCCAAACAAUUUUUUGCAGUUUCAAGAUGCGGAUGUGCAGACAGCGUCGCCUUUGCGUUUGUAUUCAAGAAACUUGAACAAGAUUCACAUUUUGUUUCGAUUCACGCAUGAAGAGGCAGAGUCCUUGAUUCACGACUUUUUGGAUGUAGAUGCCGCCCACGAGGAGCUCGCUGGUUACAAUAAUCACCGGUGCUGGCCAAAAGAUUCCAGAAUGAGGUUGAUUCGGCACGACGUAAACUUGGGCAAGGCUGUGUUCUGGGAGGUGAGCUCUCGCAUUCCGUCGUCUUUGGCUGCCAUCAGCUGGAGCAGCACAUUUGCCUCGGUGUAUUCGAGAGAUAACAUAAAUCUAUUGUUCCAGAUGAAUGGGUUUGAAGUGCGCAUUCUACCUAAAGCACACUUACUGGAAACCAGCCAAACACAGGAGAAUGUUUGGGACUUGGUCGAUAAUCGCACCCAGGAGAGAACAGCCAGGGCCUAUUUGCAGGUCUCCCAGGAAGCAAUUGACCAUUUCAGAAACCGGAUACGGCAGAUUUUGAUGUCUUCCGGUUCAAGUGCAUUCACCAAGGUGGCAGCAAAGUGGAACACGGCCCUCAUUUCGUUGGUGACCUAUUUCAGAGAAGCAGCCGUGGCAACGCCGGCUCUCUUGGACGUUUUGGUCAAAUGUGAAACUAAAAUCCAGAAUAGGAUCAAGAUGGGUCUCAAUUCCAAAAUGCCAUCACGGUUCCCACCAGCGGUUUUUUAUACACCGAUUGAGCUCGGUGGACUAGGGAUGCUAAGCGCUUCGCAUGUCUUGAUACCGGCAUCCGAUUUGAAAUGGUCCAAACAGACUGACUCCGGUAUCACCCAUUUCAGAGCUGGGAUGACCCAUGAUGACGACAAAAUGAUUCCUACCGUGUUUCGGUACGUUACAACGUGGGAGAAUGAGUUUCUUGACUCGCAAAGGGUCUGGGCAGAAUAUUCAAUCAAGAGGGAAGAAGCCAUGGCCCAGAACCGUCGACUCACAUUUGAAGACAUGGAGGGAAACUGGGACCGAGGUAUACCGAGAAUCAGUACAUUGUUCCAGAAAGAUAGACACACUUUGGCGUAUGACAAGGGACAUAGGGUGCGCAGAGUAUUUAGGCAUUUCGGGAACGGGCGCUUUAAUCCGUUUGCGUGGACCAAUGGACACCACGAUGGUAAAUUGUGGAACUUGAAUGCGUACCGAGCAGACGUAAUCCAGGCGCUUGGCGGCAUUGAAACCAUUUUGGAGCACACUUUGUUCAAAGGCACGGGGUUCGACUCUUGGGAAGGCUUGUUCUGGGAGAAGGCGUCAGGAUUCGAGGACUCGUUGAAGUUUAAAAAGUUGACAAACGCGCAACGAACAGGUUUGAGCCAGAUUCCGAAUCGUCGGUUCACACUAUGGUGGUCCCCCACCAUCAACCGAGCCAACGUCUACGUUGGCUUCUUGGUUCAGCUAGACUUGACGGGAAUUUUUUUGCACGGCAAGAUCCCGACACUCAAGAUUUCGCUUAUCCAGAUAUUCAGGGCGCAUCUUUGGCAGAAGAUCCACGAGAGCGUGGUGCAGGACUUGUGCCAGGUGUUUGAUAAGGAGCAGGAGGUUUUGCUGAUUGACUUGGUUGAAAAACAGGCCAUACACCCGCGCAAGUCGUACAGAAUGAAUUCAUCUACAGCUGAUAUCGUCUUCACUAGUACCUACAGGUGGAACGCAUCGAAGCCCACACUUCUCAAUGACAAGGACGACGCUAUGAUCUUAUCCACCAAGACAUUCUGGAUCGACGUGCAGUUGCGAUAUGGCGACUACGACUCGCACGAUAUAUCUCGAUACGCGAGGUCAAAGUACUUGGACUACACCACCGACGGCACAAGCUCGUAUCCUUCACCGACGGGGAUUGUCAUUGCCAUCGACUUGGCGUACAACAUGUACGACGCGUAUGGCAACUGGUUUCCUGGGCUCAAGGCCCUCGUGAGAAAUGCUUUGAAGGAAAUUAUGAAAGCAAACCCGGCCCUAUACGUGCUACGCGAACGGAUCCGGAAAGGUCUACAAUUGUACCAUGCCAAGCCGCUGGAAUCGUUCUUAAACUCCAACAACUAUGCGGAGUUGUUCAACAACGACGUGCAGUUGUUCAUUGAUGACACAAAUGUCUACCGUGUCACCGUGCACAAGACCCUCGAGGGCAACUUGGCCACCAAGCCUAUCAACGGGUGUGUUUUCAUUCUCAAUCCUAGAACCGGCCAGUUGUACUUGAAGGUUAUCCACACCUCGGUCUGGGCGGGGCAGAAGCGGUUGAGCCAGCUUGCCAAAUGGAAAGCUGCUGAAGAGGUGACUGCCCUUAUCAAGUCGUUGCCCAAAGAAGAGCAGCCUAAACAGUUGAUUGUCGCUCGAAAAGGUAUGAUGGAUCCAUUGGAGGUGCACAUGCUAGACUUUCCCAACAUUUCAAUCAGGCCCUCGGAGUUGCAUUUGCCGUUUGCGGCCAUCAUGAAGAUUGAUAAGUUAAGCGAAGUGGUGUUGAGAGCCACCGAGCCGCAGAUGUGUCUUUUCAACUUUUACGACGACUGGCUCGAGCGCAUCUCACCGUACACUGCGUUCUCGCGGAUUAUCUUGAUACUCCGGGCGCUUAAUGUUGAUUCAAUCAGCGCGACUCAAAUCCUUUGGCAGCAGGGUGAUGACGCCGAGGCACCGGCGCAUCACAUAUGGCCCACGUUGACGGACGACCAGUGGGUUGACCGCGAAGCUCGAUUGAGAGAUUUGAUUCUUGAAGAGUACUCUGCAAAGUAUAAUAUCGACGUACAAUCAUUGACCCAGUCGGAAAUCAGAGACUUGAUUCUAGGACAAGACAUUAGAGCUGCUAAUUUCAGGCGACAACAGCUCCUGAAUGUCGAUAAAAAGGCGCCUCAAGUGGAGAACAAGGACUUGGCUGCCAUUAAAUCGUCAACAACAAACAUCCACGGCGAGAAGAUUACGACUGUCACCACGACCAAUUACGAGCAAACCACGUUCUCGUCGAGAAACGAGUGGAAAAAUCGAGCGCUUGCAACCACGAGCUUGCUCAGUCGCGCAAACAAGAUCUCUGUCCUGUCCAACGAUCUAAUCGAGGACGACGACUACACCUUCAUUGUGCCCAAAAACAUUUUGCAGAAAUUGGUGCAGGUUUCGGAUCUGAGGAUCCAGGUUGGCGGAUUUAUAUACGGCAAGUCUCCCGAGGGCCACCCGGAAGUGAAAGAGAUUAGGUGCAUUGCAGUGGUUCCGCAGUUGGGAAGCUCGAACUCGAUUCAAUUCCCCCGGCAAAAGCCGGUGAGCCAUGAUGGGUACUUGGAGAACCAAGGGUUGGAGCUACUAGGCUGGAUCCACACCCUGGCGCGCGAAUCUGAGAGCAUGAGCUCUAACGACUUGACAAUGCAAGCGCAGAUGUUGGACAAAUACGACCCUAGAUUUGUGUGCAUUACCGCUUCAAUUAACGCCGGCUCAGUUACUUUAGCCGGGUUUGAGACUACGCAAGAAGGCUUCGACUGGGGAAAAGAGAACCAGGACAUGCUAUCAGCCUCGCCCGAAGGGUUCCGUUCCGAUUUCUCGACAAAGAGCCAGCUCAUCUUGUCUGAUAAAAUCGUGGGUACUUACAUGACUCCGGAAGACGACAUUUGGAACUACUUUUUCAUGGGAGCAAUAUUCAACCGCAAUGAUCUCUACUCGAUGAAGGUCGACAUUCCACUUCCCUUUUACGAUGUUGUGCACCGCCCCAUCCAUUUCACCAAUUUCUCGAAUUUGAUUGCAGAAAGAGAAGAAGAAGCCGUCCAAGAAGAUGUAUUUGGAUGA